AUGUCGGGACUUGGAUACUGGGAGAGGGAGGUUUAUCUUUUUAAGGUCAAUGAGUGGUCCUUGAAGAUAAGGAAAGAAAUGAGAGUGAUUGAUAGACAGAUCAGAGAUAUCCAGAGGGAAGAGGAGAAGGUGAAGCGGUCGAUAAAGGAUGCUGCCAAGAAAGGGCAGAAGGAUGUGUGUGUGAUCCUGGCGAAGGAGCUGAUCCGCUCUCGGAGGGCUGUGAGCAAACUCUAUGCAUCCAAAGCUCACAUGAACUCCGUUCUCAUGGGGAUGAAGAACCAGCUGGCUGUCCUGAGAGUAGCAGGUUCAUUGCAGAAGAGCACAGAAGUUAUGAAAGCUAUGCAAAAUCUAGUGAAAAUCCCUGAAAUCCAAGCAACGAUGAGGGAGUUGUCCAAAGAGAUGAUGAAGGCUGGAAUUAUAGAGGAAAUGCUGGAGGACACCUUUGAAGGCCUGGAGGAUCAGGAGGAGAUGGAAGAGGAGGCUGAGAUGGAAAUUGACAAAAUCCUCUUUGAAAUUACAGCUGGGGCCUUGGGUAAAGCACCCAGUAAAGUCACAGAUGCCCUCCCAGAGCCAGAGCCCAUGGGAGCAGCUGCUGCUGUGGAUGAGGAGGAAGACAUCGAAGCGAUGCAGUCACGGUUGGCCACACUCCGGAGCUAGGGACAGGAUCAGUGUGUACAGUUGGCUUUGGUUUAUUCUGUCCUAGCCUCAAAAUGAAAACUCUAAGUGAGAAUACUUUAUGUAAUAUAUAUAUUAUUUUUUCUUCCUGGGGCUUGUGUUCUCCAAGAAAUUACUGUAAUAUACUUCUCUUCCUGUUUUCUGUUCAGGCCGUGUUCCCAUGGGAGGGCUGUGGUGACAUGGCAAUGGUGGUGUAAUGUUAUGUAUUUUUAGAUAUAAAGUCCUGAAAUAUAUUCUCAUCUUCAAGCAGCAUCUUUCCUCUAAAUGGCACUUUGGCUUAAUCUGCUACCAAAAACCUCCAGUGGUGUAAGAUCUUUGUUUUUCUGAGUCAUUACAAAUUUUAUUAAAGCUGCUUUUAACAGUCA